UCUGCGCGCCGCGGCAGCACCCACACGUAUACCUCAAAUACAAUAUAAUAUAUUGUUUAGUUGUGUGUUAGUGUUCAUCGAAUUAUGUACGCGACAAGUUAGGUCGUUCAGCACAAAUUAUAUAUCAGGAUGGCGGGCCGGCUGUGGGUGGUCCUCGUUGCCAUAGCAACCGUUGCUGCCGAUGAAGCCUCCGACCCUCAAGGACUUCUCGAAGCAGCUUCUGAAACGGCAUCGCCUGAAGAAUUUACGGUCUACGUCGGUCGCUGGACAGAAUGCUCCGUAACCGAUGCAGAGAAUAUUAAAACUAUCGAAAGGUAUAACAUACGAAUAGAGACCGAUUCCCUGGUACAUACACCACGACUUGGACUCCAGCGCAGACAGGUGCAGUGUCGGCGCAAGGAUGGACAAUUUGUCGAAAAUAUGUAUUGCGGCGCUGCUGUGUCAAAUAUAGGUGCGACGCGAGUGUGCGUGAUGCGUGAAAACUGUUCGCUGGGCGAAUGGUUGCCAUGGCGACCGCGGCCGGACGGCUCGCUCGUACGCACCAGGAGGCUGCGCCGGCUACCCCAAGGAGGUGGAAAGGAAUGCGAUGUGGUAGAGGAAGUGAGGCCCGCUGCAAUGGAGGCCAGUGCGCACUGGACCCCGGGCCCAUGGGGCUCCUGUCGGGUCGCCGUAGAACAAUCCGCCACACCCGCUCCACCCAACGACGAAGACGACGAUGCGGACGACGACGACGCGAUCUACGACGAGGACGACGAGUCGGACGAAGCGGACAAGGACAGUAACGCGAGUUGCGGCGGCGGCGUGCAGCGGCGCGAGGCCACGUGCGUGCGCGCGGACGGGCGGGCGCUGCACCCCGCGCAGUGUGCGCAUGCGCCGAUGCCGACGCUUGUGCAGCCGUGCGAGGUGCCAUGUCCCCGUGACUGUGAGGUGGGUGAAUGGAGCGAUUGGGGAGCGUGUCAACCAACCGAUGGCUGUCCACUGUUUCCUGUACAGCAGCUUACUACUACUGGCUAUAGUGUACGACGUCGGCGCAUUAUCGCAGCUGCAUCUGGCGGUGGGGCCCCGUGCCCUCCGCUGGAAGAGAAGCGAACGUGUAGCACGCCGCGAUGUGCAUCGUGGAAAGCGCUUCCAUGGGGCCCCUGUGUUCUCAAUCAACAACACAACACUUGCGGGCCAGGAAGACGUAGUCGGGAGUUGAGAUGCGUGGGGCAUGAUGGAAAAGAAGCACAGCGCGCGUGGUGCAGCGGCAGCGGAGCCCCCGCGCGCACGGAGCGGUGCCGCAUCGCGUGCGCCGGCGACUGCGUGGUCACCUCGUGGGGCGCCUGGUCGGCCUGCUCCGCGCCCUGCCUGGCGCCCGGCCACGCGAGACCGACGCGCACCCGACGCAGGUUCAUUGUGGCGCACGCGUCGCCUAACGGCUGGCCAUGUCCGGCUCAGGAGCUGCUAACACAAAACGAAACUUGCAACACUCACGCGUGCGGCACUUACUCGUGGCUGGCAACACCGUGGGGUCCCUGCGAACGACGAAAUCAAGAUUUCAUCCCUGCUAAUAAUUAUACUGAUUUACUGGAUACUGACGUUUUCAACCAAAGCGAUGAUGAAGAACCUUGUAUAGAAGAAGGAGAAAUGACGCGAGAUGUGAUGUGCGUGCAGAACAACGCUGACGUAGUAAGAGAAGCCCUUUGUGCGCCUCUGAAACGGCCGGCAUCGCGUCGCGCGUGCACAAUCCGCUGCAAGCGUGGAUGCCGCGUUGAAGCCUGGAUGCCUUGGUCUACUUGCCCGAACACCUGUGAUCCCGGCAAACAAGUUCGAAUACGUCGCGUUCACGGGGGCCCUAACUGUGGGCCCCUGCAGGAAUCACGCGACUGCCCCGUGCCGCGCUCUUGCGGGGCCCGGAGUCCCGGCUGGGUGACUGGCGAGUGGAGCACGUGCCGACUGCCGCCCGCGCAACGCUGCGGCAUCGGAUAUCGAGUGAGAAGUAUCUGGUGCGGCUCCGAGUCGCACCGCGUGGAAGCGGGCUCGUGCGCAGGCGAGAGCGUGCCCGCCAGCGUCGCGCCGUGCCGCGUCGGCUGCGACGCGGCAACGCCGCUUGACUGUACCACCGUCUGCAGGGACCCGCUCAAGUACUUGGAUGCAUCAGACCCUGACAUUCCGGCCUGCGUGUGCAAAAAUGUUAGCUUGGAACUGUUACCGGCCGACUCCGACUGCAUACUUCCCCCUGGAAUGGAAUGUGGAGAAGGAAGAUCACUCCGAGCUGCUCGCUGUAUGGUCGCCGGUAGAGAUGUGCCAAUGGAUGUUUGCAAAAAGUUCCAUCCACUUACAGGGCCUCGCCGGGUGCGCGAAGCGUCCACAGACGGGUUCACGUACGACACCGAGUUCGGGUCGCUGCUCCGCGGCACGUGCAGCGUGCGGUGCGCGCGCGACUGCUCCGCGGGGCCGUGGGCCGCGUGGGGACCGUGCGCCUCCGAGCCGGGGUCCAAGGCGGCUUUCCGCUUCCGUACUAGAGAAGUGAUCGAGGAAGGUUCAGCCGGUGGGCGAGAAUGCGGUGCAACACUGCAGCGCGCCACGUGCACGGAGCUGGAGCCGUCCUGGCGCGUCGGCAGCUGGGACGUGUGCGCGCCCGACCGCACGCUCUGCGGGCCCUCCUACAUCAAAAGAGACGUGGCGUGUGUGGACGGGCAAGGGAACAAGCUGGACGACUCGGUGUGCGAGGCGUCCGGCGCCGGCGUGACGCCGGACCGCGUGUCCACGUGCCACAUGCCGUGUCCCGCGGACUGCGUGCUCAGCCCCUGGUCUGAGUGGAGCCCGUGCGAGAUGACGAAGUGGGGCGGGCGGCGCGACCGCACGCGCGUGGUGCUGCGGCCGGCGGAGGCGGGCGGGCUGCGCUGCUCGCCGCUCGUCGCCGCGGAGCCGUGCGAGCCGCUCGCGUACGCGUGGCACACCGCUCCCUGGGACGACUGCCAGCCGCUAGGUGGCUCUCCCUGUGGGGAGGGAACCAAGAGAAGGGCUGUGCGUUGCUUGCGUAGCGAUGGAGUGUUCGUGAAUGAUACCUUUUGCCCUAACGCAACCGCGAGCGAAGCGCGCGAGUCGUGGUGCUACGUGCCGUGCGGCGUGGACUGCGAGGUGGGGGAGUGGGCCGCGUGGGACGCCAGCGCCUGCUCCUGCGGGGACGCCUCCACCGCGAGGCACAUGCGCCGCACUAGACAACACUUAAGUUCAGCGGUGUGGCCGGGCCGCGCGUGCCCGCCCACCGAGCAGCGCGCGCCGUGCCCCAGGGAGCCCUGCUUGAGACUCGUCGCUAGGCCUAUGUUGGGUUGCCAUGUGCAGACGUCAUCGGGCGAGGAAGCGGAGGGCGCGUGCGGGUGGGGCGUGCGGGUGUCGCACGCGCGCUGCGAGCUCGCCAGCGUGUCGGACGAGCCGCUCGCCGACGCGUUCCUGCAGCCGUGGCGCUGCUCCGCCGCGCUGCCCGGCCGCAUCGUGGCGCCGCCGCUGCAGCAUCAGGAAGACGAGCUUUGCGAAGUGGAAUGUGGGUGCAACGAGUCUGAGCUCGGGCAGCCGGGCCCGUGGGGCUCGUGGGGCCCGUGCCGCGGCGGGGCGCGCUCGCGCACGCGCCAGCUGCUGGUACCACCGCGACGCGCUUGCCGGACUUCUUCCAGAUAUGUGACAAUCGAGUGGGCCAACUGCAGCGGCGACGCGGACGAGAUCCCCGACCUGCUCGCCGUCGAGCCGCGAGAGGACAAGCCGCGCCGCGCCUCGCACGAGCGGGAGGUGUUCCAUGACGGAUAUAUUGAGGGAAGUACGUCGCUGCUAGCUGUUGUAUGGACUGCAACUAUCAUACUCAGCUUGUAUGGGGUGUUCAUGCUUUACCGCGGACUUCUCAGAUGUCUACGAAGCCGUCGAAUGAAGACCAUCACCAAAGUGUAAACGGGCAGGAAUGCUAUAUUGGCAGCUUUAUGUUAUACAACUAUGACACAAUUGCUGAUUUCACGGUAAUUUUACUGUGAAUAAUGAUACCAAAGUUUCCGUUUUGUUAUUGUGUAAGCACCUAAAUUGUUUUUAAUAGUUGUUAAAGUCUAGAAUAGUGUUUGUUAUUUAUUUGCUAUAACCAUGUUUGUUAAAUGAAAGUGGUCCGAGAGCGGUUCCUUGAGGCAUCCCAAUUACCAAAUCAUAUCAAAAAUGUGUAUCACUUAAUUACAAAGUAGCCAUCGCACUGUCUUAUAGUAAUAAAUAAUUCAUAAAUUUACAAUUUUAACAUCAGCAAUCAGUCUGUCCGCGAGAGUGCUUCCAUGUUUUUAAAAUGUAUUUGAAAAUGCUUUAGACAAAUUUUGCUAACAAGCAAAAUUAGCCGCAUUAUUGUUCGGGCUUUUUGGAUUGACAAUAUUACUAGCUGUAGCUACCAUUGUAGCUUAGAUUUGGUCGAAAUUAAUAUUUUAAACAAGAUGGUGAAAGCGUUUCGAAAAUAUAAAAUACAGAUUUUCGGUUUUAUGGAAAUGAUUUUAAAACUCAAGUGUAAGUAUAAAUGAUUUUAUCUCAAAUAUAUUUGAAAACUGAAUAAUUUUAAACAAAACAAUCAGCGUCUGUUUCGCAUUUUAUUGUUUAAACUACCAUAUAAUUUCUCCAUAAACAUAGGGCAAGUAGCGACCAAGUAAGACGUGACACAUCAUACCACAUAUCAACAUUUUAAUAUUCGUCUUAAAUCUUGUAGUUCAUCGGCAACGUGUAUUCUAGUCCAAUGCGGAGAUUUCUGUUGCUUACAAAGUUUCAACACGAGCUUUGUCGCACAAAAAUAUUGUACUUGAUAGUUUUAAGCCCUAUUAUUAAUCUUACUAUUUCAAGAUCAUACUCAUAUAUAACAAUUUUUGUAGAUUUUGCAUUUAAGGCCAUGUAUUGUGUACGAGUAUUUAUAAAGUGAAUGUGUUCUUUAUUACUUCAACUGUCUACUAUUCUACUUUUUCUAAAUCUUUUCGUCUAUCUUAUUUCCUUGCUCUUGCUUAUUUAUUUUCAUGUGCUUAAAUAUAAAGUAUUUCGUUUCAUUGAGUACGGGUAUGACUAUCACCUACUUCUUGUUCCUUCAUGACAAUAUAGAAUUAAUUGAAUAUUUCUAUUAUGAUAAGUACAUUUAGUUUAUUGUUAUCACAGUUUCAAGCUUUGUCUAUCCUUUCACAUUUCUCUUCCAUCUGAAUUUCGCCCUACAAUCUAUAUAUACCUAUAACCAUAAUAUAACAUUAUAAGAUAUUGAUGUGAAACAUGUUAGAUAAGGGAUCGUGUUAGACAAUACAAUAUUUGAUAUUUAAUAAAAUUUGAUUGUGUUUUUGUAAAAA